AUGAUGGUGUCGAGCCCCCAGCUGGUUUUGGCUUCGACGGCCACACUUGGCGAGUCCUGCAUCAGCAAAAUGGGCAUAACAAGACGUCCUUAAGCCCCGGCUUAAGCGCCUUUAAGCGGUGCGCGCCGAGUGCCCAUUUUGCUGAUGUGGACCCACAGGCGCAAGCGCGAUAUUACAAGCUGCAAAGCUUCAAAGGAGUUCUUGCAGCGUCCUUGGCCCCGAUUCGGAAGGGUCUUGCGCAUGCUGGCGAGGAAAGGGGCAAUGCAGACGGAGGGAGCCGAGCCGAAAAGCGGCCGGCUGUCAAAGCGGACGCGACGUUAGUACCGGGUCGUCGGAGCGAUCUAUCGUAUUUCUGGCUGUUGGAGAGCGAUUUUUGGGCAUUUGCACGACAUUGA